CUUCAAUGGGGGGUAGGGACGUCCCAAGGAUCCCGGAUAGCAAGGACAAUUUUUCGACGGCUGAAACUAUAUAAAUUUGAUAAUUAAUUGGUUGAACUAAAAUGAACUAUUGAGGAUUUGAAUGUGGAUGCUUUCUAUUUCCAGAAGAUAUAUCAUAUCAUUCCGUAUAAUGACCGUAUUUGAUAAUACGUCAGGGGUCAAAGCGUUAUGGAGUUUAAAGGUCAUAAGUAAGAGUGCUUGCUUCUCUGGGUGUCGGAGAAUCGGACAUAAAAAGAAGAAGAAUUGUCCUGUAGGUAGGUAGGCUAACCAUUUUUACAAACAUGGCUGAGUUGCUUCUCGAUUCAAGUAUCCGAAUAUGGGUGGUUUUACCAAUUGUAUUGAUUACAUUUUGCGUUGGAAUUAUCCGUCACUAUGUCACCCAACUCCUGCAAAGUGACAAGAAAGUUGAUCUGGAACAGGUGUCAGACAGCCAAGUCCUUCUGCGUAGCCGCAUAUUAAGAGAAAAUGGAAAAUACAUCCCUAAACAAUCAUUUAACAUGCGAAAGCAGUAUUUCAAUGAUGCAGAAACUGGGUUCUUCAAGAAGGUCAAGAGAAAGGUGACUCCCAAAAACCCAAUGACUGAUACCAGCAUGCUGACUGACAUGAUGAAGGGAAAUCUGACCAAUGUGCUUCCCAUGAUUGUGAUUGGAGGAUGGAUCAACUGGGCGUUCUCUGGCUUUGUCAUCACUAAGGUUCCCUUUCCUCUGACAUUGAGAUUCAAACCAAUGCUCCAGCGUGGAAUUGAACUGCUGUCUCUUGAUGCAUCCUGGGUGAGCUCAGCCUCUUGGUAUUUCCUCAAUGUUUUUGGACUGAGGAGUAUGUACAGCCUCAUUCUUGGACAGGACAAUGCUGCCGAUCAGUCGAGGAUCAUGCAGGAUCAGAUGACUGGCGCUGCCAUGGCCAUGCCACCUGAUCCUAACAAGGCCUUCAAGAGUGAAUGGGAGGCGUUGGAGAUUGUGGAGCACAAAUGGGCCCUGGAGAACGUUGAGGAGGAGCUGAUGUCUCGAGACCUGAACUUUUGUGGGAUCUUCAGUCAAGAGAUAAAAACCACUAUGUUCUAAUGAGGUUAUUGACUUAACUACUACUGCUGUAGAGCCAGACAGUUUCUGUGAUACAGUGUAUCAUCAUGGUUCUCUGAGGUAGUUGUAAAAAAUGUCUUCAAAUGAUUGUGAUACCUAAACAGUAUAUUUUUGGCUCAAGGCAAUAAAAACCAAUAGAAAGGCAAACCUAUUUAACCAAAUUGUUCUGACCUUAAUUUAAUGACUACUAAUGCCUAUUUGUUUCGUUGUGUGAAAAUACUGUAAGUCGAAUGUAAAUUAUGCAUGUUCUCAGCUGAGUUUUUUUUGUUGCCUUUCAACUUUUCACUGUUAUGCCUUACUGUUAUAUGAAUGCUGAAUGAAAUCAGUUAUCAGCGCAUCACACAGAUUUUAUUUGUAGAAAAUAGUUUGGUUGUGUUGAUUAAUUUCAGACACGUUUCUCCUCUGCACAUUUCUGAAUCGGCUUGUUCUCUUUGUGUGUGAGAACCUAGGCCUCAUCAUCUCUGAUAUUGUCUGCAGUGGUUGUGUUUGUUUUAAGUUAUAAGGUUCUUAUUAGGAAAAUAAAUCUCUUUUUUCUACAGCUGUUCUGUGCCCUUGGGGUCUCUUUUUCAGAGGUGCACUGGUGUUACCUGAUUAGCCCCCAAUACCAUGUAAGCAUUUUUUAACAUCCAAAAUCUUGCCUAAACAUCCACUAUGGCUGUACUGUGUAAUUGAAUGAGAUGUAUCCUGUCAAUUGGAGCGGAUGUUUUUGUAUCUGUGCCAGAAGAGGUGGUGAUAUGGGGAGAGGAGGAUGUAUUUGAUCUGUUCUAUACCAUCUGAUUGCCUGUGAAGAUUUAGAAAUAAAUGAACUCAUCUGCAGAUCUGAA